CGAGGGCGCCAAUACCGGAAUUUUGCAAGAGAGUAACUGUACUGAAAUGAGUUCGUUAACGCAAUAACGCCUGUUUAUGCAAUUUGUCACCAUCUCGCUCGCUCGCUCUCAUUUCUCGCUGCGAACACGGUUAAAUAAAUGGUGGUGGUUUACGGCCGUAGCCGGUGGAUUUCCGGAGGUUCUGCGACGCCGAUUUUUUAUGAUUUUGGGGUGUCAAGCGAUUGCGUGAAGAUCCAUUAGAGUUUUUUGAUUGAAUCCGAACAGAAAGGAUGGCAUGCAGGCGAAGACACGGCGGUAUCACGAGGUCGGCCACAUUCAAUGACGAUAUUUUCCGGCCUUCUCAGGAAGAGGAGGAGGGCGACUCGAUUUCCUCUUCUGCGUCUCAGUCUUUGGCCGCUCAGGCAAUUAGAGCCUCUGCUGCUCACCGCGAGUCCUCCGCCCACGCGCAGUCUUCCUUCCGAGAUCGAUCUAAGGGAGGUCCUACCUAUGAUUAUACGUCGAUGUCGAGUACAAAUGAAGGCGGCGGUUUUUGGGGUGUUCUAGCGAGGAAGGCUAAAGCAAUUCUCGAGGAUGAUACCAUGUCCCAUCAAUUUGAGCCUAGGAAUAUGAGUUCUCCUAGAGCCAGCAAGACUUCCCAGUACCAUCAGUCGUUUCAAAACUCUGAUGGUUCUAGGAAAACAGAGAGUCCUGCAUUUCAAAAGGGAGUUGAUGCACUCACAUCGUCACUCAAUCAAAUUGGUGGUAAAAUGGGAACUGCAUUUGAGGAAAGACGAACUACGGUUGAUAAUAAAACUGUAGUCAACAAUCAAGAAAUGGGAAAACUGCAGAUCAGGAGAAAGGUUCCCAACAAUCUCAGUGAAGAAGAUAAUCAGGUGUCUGGUGGUGUAUGUAGCCCGUGGCAGCAAAUUCCACCACAACCAACUCAGCUGCAGAUGCACACUACUAGUCCCGAAGAUCAACUCAAGGCAUCUCGCGACGUGGCGAUGGCAACAGCUGCUAAAGCUAAACUUCUUUUGAGAGAACUAAAAACGGUUAAAGCAGAUCUGACAUUCGCAAAACAGCGAUGCUCGCAGCUGGAAGAAGAAAACAAGAUGCUUCGGGAUGCUCGUGAAAAGGGAGGCAACCUUGCUGAUGAUGACAUGAUAAGGCAUCAACUUGAAACCUUACUAGCAGAGAAGUCCAGAUUAGCAAAUGAGAAUGCUGUGUAUGCCCGGGAGAAUCGGUUCUUGAGAGAAAUUGUAGAAUAUCACCAACUGACUAUGCAGGACGUGGUGUAUUUGGAUGAUGAGGGAGCCAUUGAUGAAGUCACAGAAGUUUACACGCCCACUACUCUUGGUGGAGUCAGGGGGGUGUUCUCGUCUUCUCCAACAUCCCCUGCAUCCCCUCGCUCACUCCCUGAUACAAUUAGCUCCUCCCCUGUCACCAACUUUCCCAUGAUGAAGAGAAGCUCUUCCGUCAACAAGUUCCCUCUUCCUCUUUCACCCCAACUAACGCCUGAUGUUCCAAAGCUUGAUCCCCCGCCAUGUUUCAGAGCUGAAGGUUCUAAGAGACAAUAACAAACCAACACAUCUAUUUAUUUCGUUCAAUUAAUUUCCAUAAACAACACUCAUUAUAUACUUCUCUUCAGGAUGGUAUUUCUCCUUAUGGAGGUUUUUAUAUACUACUAUUAUUAAAGCAAAAUCAUUGACAAAGUAGGAGCUGAACAAGAGUUUUUGUGAUACAUAUUCAUUACGUUAUCCUGUAUUUGAUUUCUCAUCCAUCAUCAUGCUAGCUUAAAGAUCAGGUGGGUGAUGAGGUGCCUAAAUCUAAC